UUCCUAAAGAGCCAAACGAAAAAAAAAAAAAAACAAAAUCCUCAGACAUGGAGUGAGAGAUAUGUAGACGACACACUUCUUGUCACUGUAGCUUCUCUGGAGAACCAAACGUUUCUGGAUCGUUUGAUGUUCUGUGCUCUAAGCAAUUCGCAACGGGUUUUGAUGUUUUUCCUGUUUAGGCAUGUCCAGCUCUUGGAGUAAGCUUCCUCUUUGCACAUGGUAUUGACAGUCUCAUCUUUGCAGUCUCGCUUCAGCGGGAAUGGAUUGAUAAGUGCAAUAGCUUUUGAAGCUGAGAAGGGAUAUCGGAAUGCUUUGGGUAGAAAAAUGAGGUUCAGUAAUUUUCUCUUUUCAACAGUAUCGAGAUUAUGUUCUCGUUCGAAGCAUAGUCUUGCCAAAAAUAUUUUGGAAGAAGUAGGUAGUUAUGGCAUAGCUAGCAUCUCAGAUCGGUCAAAGUUGCUCAAUAAGGUAUCUGUUUUGGUGGGUUAUGAUAGUCUUGAUGAUUUGGUUGAGAAUGAAAGAGCUGAAAGGCAGUCCGGUAUGCAUGUUAGAGACGUGACAGAUGAAUUUGAUGUCUCCUUGGUGUGUGCACGAUUUCCAUCAAUCAUGUUAGGUAGUUCCCCUCGGGUGGAAUUGUAUGAUGGAACCACCAGUUUCAGUGAAAGGAUGAUUUUUCCAACUCAAAGUUGUGAAGAAUUUCCGUCUGAUGCUAUGUGUGAAGAGCAGUCCGCAACUGUGGUUACCGAGGAAAACUCACAUCAAACAGUUCCUGUGGAGGAAUCUUCUAACAAGGUUUUGCUUAAAUCACAAAAUGAUACUGGGUCUGUUCAGUUUUCCUUGGACAGUUCUAUCAGUUUCAUACCUGGAAUAAGUAAGAAGCGCUGUCAGCAGCUAGAAGACUCUGGCUUUCAUACAUUGCGGCAAUUGCUUCACCACUUUCCUCGGACCUAUGCGGAUUUACAGAAUGCUCAGAUGAAAAUUGAUGAUGGACAAUAUUUGAUUUUCAUUGGGAAGGUAUUAAGUUCGAGGGGAAUCAAAGCUAGUAGUUCUUUCUCAUUUAUUGAGGUAGUUGUUGGUUGCGAAAUUAUGGACGAUGAAUCAACUGAACAUAUGAAUGAUUCUGCUGAUAGUAGAAGAAAGAAGACGAUUUCUUUGCAUCUGAAGAAAUUUUUUCGGGGUGCUCGUUUUACUUCUCUACCAUUUCUUAGACUUGUUGAGGGAAAGCAUAAAGAGGGGGACUUUGUAUGCGUUAGUGGUAAGGUAAGGACAAUGCCCGCCAAAGAUCACUAUGAAAUGAGAGAAUAUAAUAUUGAUGUGCUUAAAGAUGAAAAUGAAGUGUGUUUUCAUGCAAAAGGGAGGCCUUAUCCUAUAUACCCUUCAAAAGGAGGGUUAGAUCCAAAUAUUUUGAGAGACAUCAUUGCAAGAGCUGUACAAGUUUUGGCUGUUGAUGUUGAUCCUGUACCUAAAAAUAUCACUCAGGACUUUGGGCUGUUAAGCCUUCAUGAUGCGUAUAAGGGGAUUCACGAACCAAAGAGUAUGGACGAAGCUGAUUUGGCUCGGAAAAGGCUAAUAUUUGAUGAGUUCUUUUACCUGCAGUUAGCACGCUUAUAUCAAAUGCUUGAAGGUCUUGGUACACAAAUAGAGAAAGAUGGAUUGCUGGAUAAGUACAGGAAACCCGUAUCAAGUGCUGCUUAUAUGAAGGAUUGGUCCAUUCUUACCAAAAAGUUUUCAAAAGCUCUUCCAUAUACCCUUACUCCUAGUCAACUCACUGCCAUUUCAGAAAUCAUCUGGGAUCUAAGGCAACCAGUUCCUAUGAAUCGGCUUUUGCAGGGUGAUGUUGGUUGUGGGAAAACUGUGGUAGCUUUUCUAGCAUGCAUGGAGGUUAUUGGCUCUGGAUAUCAGGCAGCUUUCAUGGUUCCAACUGAGUUGCUUGCAGUCCAGCAUUAUGAGCACUUAAAUAAUCUGCUUGAAAAUAUGGAGGAUGUUGAACAAAAACCUUCAAUUGCUUUACUAACCGGCUCAACCCCAUCAAAACAAUCACGGAUAAUUCUUGAGGGUCUCAGGACUGGAGAGAUAUCGAUGGUCAUUGGAACCACCAGUUUGAUAUCUGACAAAAUAGAGUUCUCUGCAUUACGCAUUGCAGUGGUGGAUGAACAACAUCGUUUUGGUGUGAUCCAGAGAGGACGGCUUAACAGUAAGCUAUACUAUACCUCUGUAAAUUCUAGAAUGGUAGCUGCCAAUUCAGAUGUGACCUCCAAAGGCGACAACCAUAUGGCUCCUCAUGUUCUUGCCAUGUCAGCUACUCCUAUACCGAGGACACUUGCUCUGGCUUUAUAUGGUGAUAUGUCAUUGACACAGAUAACCGACUUACCUCCAGGAAGAAUACCAGUUGAGACGUUCAUCAUUGAAGGAAAUGACAAUGGAUUUGAGGAUGUUUAUGAGAUGAUGCUGGAUGAGUUAAAAGGAGGAGGGAGAGUCUAUCUUGUGUAUCCAGUUAUUGAACAAUCUGAACAGCUGCCACAACUUCGUGCAGCUGCAGCAGAUUUUGAAGCUAUAUCUGAUAGGUUUCAGGGCUACACUUGUGGAUUGUUGCAUGGAAGGAUGAAGAGUGAUGAGAAAGAUGAAGCAUUGAGAAAGUUCAGAUCUGGGGAAACAAAUAUACUGCUUUCCACACAAGUUAUUGAGAUUGGUGUUGAUGUUCCCGAUGCAUCUAUGAUGGUUGUUAUGAACGCUGAGAGAUUUGGGAUAGCUCAGUUACACCAACUUAGAGGACGAGUUGGACGAGGAGUGAGAAAGUCUAAAUGUAUACUGUUAGCAUCUUCUUCCAGUAGUCUAACUCGGUUGAAGGUCCUGGGGAAAUCAUCAGAUGGUUUUUACUUGGCAAACAUGGACCUUCUUCUACGUGGACCUGGUAACUUGCUUGGCAAGAAACAAUCAGGACAUCUUCCAGAGUUUCCUAUUGCAAGAUUGGAAGUAGAUGGCAAUAUCUUACAGGAAGCACAUCUUGCUGGUCUGAAAGUUUUAGGCGCUUCCCAUGAUUUGGAGCAAUUCCCGAUCCUUAAGGCAGAGCUUAGCAUGAGAGAGCCGCUCUCUAUUCUGGGUGACUGAGUCUAGUCGUGGAAUCAUGCCAUAUAUACCAUAUAUGUCGCAAGCUUGAUGCUUCUGCUUGAUUUCCUUGGCGGUAAUCCUUACAACUUAAUGAUUGUACUUGUGAUAUGAAUUGGUUUGAUAUUAGAACAGUCCUUUCUUAACGACUAGUCAUGAAGAAAGUUGCCCAGAUCGAGUUUGGAGAGCAAGCACUAAAUAUGCAGACAUGUCCAUUUUUGCACACCGGCGUAUCCAGACAUGCUUUUUGCCAUUGAAGUAGAUUGUUAAUCGACUAGUUUGUAGUCAUUUUUACAUAUUUCGAUAUGUCAGCAUCCUAACAAUCUGCUUGCUUGCAUCGAAGAAUUCUCAAACAUUUGGAAAGAAUGUGGCUGAUAUGCUGUUUAGUUUUUAUCGUUUUGCUUCUGUUAACGUUUUGAUCUGUACCUAGGAUUUUACUGUAGUUGUAAACAGGAAGUUUUAUAUCAUCUUCUACUGAUCUCAGUGUCUCACUCCCCCUCUCCUUUGAUUCCUUCACAGACAUUCGUUUAAAUCGACUCGUCUUCUUUAAGAUAUGCUGUUCGAAACGUAAAGGUUUUUCGACAAAUUACAGUAAUUUUCAUGGAAAGACUGCUGCUCACGUACUUCCCUGUGAAGCUCUCUUUAUCUGCAGAACAUCCUGCUCAGGAAAGGACUUGAGAAUAUUUUGUCACAAACUUUUGAAGAAAGUCGGUACAUGCUUUCAUGGAAAUCUUUAUGUCGUUCUGUUGAAAAUAUAUGUUGUGUAGAAUAUUCAAGGUCUUUAUUUUUUUGGGCCAAUGACUCCCAAGUAAAAAGAAAGAUGACUA